CUGGAAAGUGUGAUAAAUAGCAUCAUCAUUUAUUCCACUGUAAUCUAUUCUGUUUCUUAUAGGGGCCUAUAUAUCACCAUAAAUGACAACAGCAUUAGUAAAAUCCAUCAAAUCCUCUGCAACUGGCCAGUGUCAAAUGUCCAGGCUAUCGUAGUGACAGAUGGCGAGCGUAUCCUCGGACUUGGGGACCUUGGUGCGUACGGAAUGGGUAUUCCAGUAGGGAAACUGGCUCUGUAUGUCGCUUUGGCAGGAAUUCAACCACAGUGGUGCUUGCCGGUUGUCAUCGAUGUAGGCACUGAUAACCAGAAACUGCUUGACGACCCGUUCUACAUUGGAUUACGACGUCGACGUGUCCGAGGCCCAGAAUAUGAGUUGCUUCUGGAUAACUUCAUGAAAGCCGCUACAAAAAGAUUUGGGAGGGACACUCUGAUCCAGUUCGAAGAUUUCGCCUUCGAGAACGCCUUCAUGCUUCUGGACCGUUACAAGAACGAGUACUGUGUCUUCAACGACGACAUCCAGGGAACAGCAGCAGUAGUUGUGGCCGGACUAUUAGCCACAACACGAGUAACCGGCAAGAAACUCUCCGAGCAGAAGUUGGUCUUCCUUGGAGCCGGAGCGGUACGUUUCUCUUUUUGA